AUGUCGAUCAAACAGCUAGCUAGCAGUAGGUGGAACGCCACAAAAAUCCCAGGAAUGGCUGUAUAUAUAUCUGCACGGAAUGCAGGCCAUUACAUUACAUCCGCGUCCACCACAGAAUCAAGUAGUGCUUCUUCCAUAGAGGCCAUCGUCAUGGCGUCUUCAUCUCUAUCAGUGGCGCUGCUCCUUCUCUGCCUGGCCGCGGCGGCGUCGGCGCAGCUGUCCCCGACGUUCUACGACGCGUCGUGCCCCGGGGCGCUGGCCACCAUCAAGAGCGGCGUGGCGGCCGCCGUGAGCAGCGACCCCCGCAUGGCCGCGUCGCUGCUCCGGCUGCACUUCCACGACUGCUUCGUCCAAGGCUGCGACGCGUCCGUUCUGCUGGCCGGCAACGAGCGGAACGCAUUCGGGAACGUGGGAUCACUGCGGGGCUUCGACGUCAUCGACAAAAUCAAGGCGACUGUGGAGCAGUCGUGCAAGCGCAUCGUCUCCUGCGCCGACAUCCUCGCCGUCGCCGCUCGCGAUUCCGUCGUCGCGGUGGGAGGGCCGUCGUGGACGGUCUCUCUGGGGAGGAGGGACUCCGACACGGCUAGCGAGGCAUUGGCCAACCGCGACCUGCCUGCCCCAUCGCUCGCCGUCACCGACCUCAUCACCCGCUUUGCCGCGAAGGGGCUCAACCUCACUGAUAUGGUCGCCCUCUCUGGUGCGCACACCAUUGGGCAGGCGCAGUGCAAGAACUUCAGGACCAGGCUCUACAACGAGGCCAACAUUGACCCGGACUUUGCGAUGUUGCGCAACGCCAGCUGCCCUCAGGCUACCGGCUCUGGCGACGGCAAUCUGGCCCCGCUGGACACGACGACCCCGAACAUGUUUGACAACACCUACUUCCUCAACCUCCAACUCAACAAGGGGCUCCUGCACUCCGACCAGGUGCUCUACACCCUUGUCGGCGGUGCCACCGAAGACAUCGUUGACGGCUUCGCAUCUAACCAGGAUGCGUUCAACAACGUCUUUGCCGCGGCCAUGGUGAAGAUGGGAAACAUCAGCCCCUUGAUUUUCCCACAGGGUCAGGUUAGGCGCAUUUGCUCCAAGGCGACCUAA